AACUAGUCCGUUUUGGCGGCCAUGUUGGUAGGGUCGCUCUGUAGAAUUUAGUGUAAUUAUAGUAACGUACGUUGGUUUAUAUCACAUUUAUAUAAUCUAAAACUUGGUUGUGGUGUAAGGUAGGUGCGUGUGAUUAUGUUUAGUGCCCGCUAUUUUUUAUGUUUUGUCUAAAUCUCUUUCAUUUUUAACUUUUUGGCCUUUUCAUUGCCUGUUUUGCAGUUCCUUAUGUAACAUUAGUUAUAUUUAAUGCGCGUUGGUUUUAAAAUGAGCUGUAAACCUUCAACGUGGUCAGAUUUAAGUUUCCUUCUUAACCAUAUCGACACCUGCUGCAUUGUUUGGCGGGGGUGGCAGGUGAUGUAGCGGUGAAGAUGGACUUGUUACUCGAUAGCUGCGGAUCCAAAACCCGGGAGCUCCCACUAGAUCACACCUGAGCAAGGGCGUCAAACGCCUAUUACUUCCGUGAAAAAGAUUCCCUGCCUGAAACGGCAAAGUUUGGGAAGGGCGCCGUCCGAGCCGGAUGGGCUGCGCUCCACUUCCCGAGCUGUGAUUUUUGUCCGUGAUACGGGGCCGUUCCCGGAGCUGCCCGGCGGGUCGCCCAGCGGAGACACGACGCCCGGACUGCGGUCGGGGGUGAUCCGGGCUCCAGCAUGAAGCCACGGCUGCACUUCGUGGUGGAUCCCAUGGGCUGGCUCUGCGUCAGCCUCGUCUUCCUCAUCUGGCUCUACAACUCCUUCUUCAUCCCUCGGCUGGUGCUACUGCCCCACUUGUACGAGGGGCACAUCCCCUGGACCGUGGUCGUAGGCUACUAUGUGGCUUCGCUGCUCUGUGUCUCCGCCCUGUUCAGGGCUUCCACUGCGGAUCCUGGCCGACUUCCCCAGAACCCUCACAUCCCCCAUUCCGAGCGCGAACAGUGGGAGCUGUGUAACAAGUGCAACCUGAUGCGGCCGAAGAGGUCCCACCACUGCAGCCGGUGUGGACACUGCGUGCGCAGGAUGGACCACCACUGUCCCUGGAUCAACAACUGCGUGGGGGAGGACAACCACUGGCUCUUCCUGCAGCUCUGCUUCUACACGCAGGUGCUCAGCCUGUUCACCUUGGUGCUGGACUUCUGCCAGUAUUACUACUUUCAGCCCCUCAGCAGGGUGGACCCGGAGCAGUUCACCUCCCGCCACGAGCUGGCGCUACUACGCAUCUCCACGUUCAUGGGUCUGCUGAUGCUGGGGGGCAUGAGUAGCCUCUUCUACACCCAGAUCACAGGCAUCCUUGCUGACACAACCACCAUUGAGAAAAUGUCCCAAUUCCUGGACCAAAUGAAGACGCCCAGGAGACCGUGGCAGCAGACAUUCGCCGAAGUGUUUGGCACCCGCUGGAAGAUCCUGUGGCUUCUGCCCUUUCGGAGAAGACAGCCUCUGCAGGCCAGCCACCACUACCCCAGCCACGUGUAGACAGAUGGGGGGGCCAGCUAACCCCCCCCCCCCAGCCUACCCUCCAGCAACCCCCCUGCUGGCUGCCAUCUUGCCUGGCUCUCUGCAGGAUCGGGCACACUCUCCGCCGCCAUCACUCCGCCCUGCGCACAUUUCUUUAUUUAUACGCAAGAUAAAAAUGGCUGCCUCUCUAUGCCGCUGUGCUGGACAGCAGCUACAGUGGGGCCUUGCUGACUGUGCGUUUGGGGCGUCUCAUCCAACCAGAAGGAACGUGUCUAAGCACAGUCUCUCUCUCUCUCUCUCUCUUUUUUGUGCUCAUACCAUAUUGUACCUUCCCACUGUUUUCCGGUAUUUUCCUUUGCACUGAUUUUGUCCUGAGGAGCUUGGGGAUUUUGCGCAUGUUUGGGUACGCAUGUCACCUGCUUUAUCUAAUCGGUUAUAAAGCGGUGCAGUGGCCCUGGGUUGUAUCAUUGAAGUACAGUAGGGGCCGCAUGGGUUAGCCUUAGCAUUUACUUACCCAAAAAUAGGAUUACACUCCUGUUUAUGCACAGAUAAGCAUCACACUAAGCUGUUUUCCCGGCGGUUGGACAGGGUAUGGAUUUAUUUUGUUGCUGAUUUUCACUGAUCGAUGUAAACAGUUUUGUCUUUUAUCUUCUUGAGUCUUAUUGCAAAACACACUUUGUCAUCAUCACCUUUUAUGUCAGUCACAUUCUUAUUCAGGAAAAGAUUUUUUAAUUUUAUUUCUCUUUUUAAAUGUUUACACUCCACUCUACCAGAUAACACGUGAAUGUUAGGACAGAGCAUUCCCGAGCUUGAUCUCUGGCUGUUAUCUGAUGGAGCUUUCAGGGAAGGUUUUAUGGUACUGUAUUUGUACGCAGGGGUAUGUUUUGAUCCUUGAGUGUGUGUGCGUGCGUAUCCUUGCGUGCACAGUUAGCCACUGACAUGCACGCAAGCAUGAUGAUUAAUAUUUUCCCGUCGUUCGUAGUGACCCUUAAUUUGAAUGUUAAUGUUUGUUUUCGUGACGUCUUUCCAUACGGGUGAAUCGGCUUUUUGCCGUUAAGAAACGGUGGAGGUGUGUGGAUCUGCGCGAUCUGUGAGUUCUCCGAGAGGAGCUCACUGGCGGUCAUGGUGUCAACGAGAAAAGUAGGACCAGUAAGCAUUUUGAGAAGGGUGGGCAUUAACUCCUUUAUUGACAUUGUAUGUUGAUUAUAAUCACUCAAUAGUCUUAAGUGCCUCUAGAACUUUUUUUUUUACCUCUUGUUUGUUUUGGUGGUGCACGUUAACCCAUUGAUCACUAUACCAAAGACUGUAAUAUCUGUAUUUGAUGCGAGCAGUUAACUGGUAGAACUAGUAGUGGUGUAAAAACAUUUCGGCCGCAGUGUUACUGCCUUUCCUGAACUUUCAAAUCAUCAUGACAUCUUACCUAUAUGUCAUAUCUACAUUCUUCUGUUGCUAUAGCAAAAUUUAUUGAUAUACUUUUAGGUUUUGAUUCAAUUUCUUUUCCCCGUUUUCUUUUUAUCCUUAAAAAUGUUAGGAGAGACAUAAAACCAGCACACUGCAUUUCAUAUUCCUGCCCUCCAUAUUUAUAUCCUAACGCUGUGUCUUAAUGGAGUAGAUAUUGCAUCAGUUUAGGUCUGUAAAAAAAACCCCCCCCUCAGCUGUAUCUAGUCAGAUGUAGCCUUAUCUAGCGCCACUUGCAGAGAAUCGGUAAAAUGGCACUUUACUCUCCACCGCCGUACACACAGAGAAAGGAAUCCAAUAUUCCUGACUUUCGACUCUAAAGUGAUACAUGGAAGUUGCUAAUAUAUGAGGUGUAUUUCAAAAAUGUUUUUUUCUGCCGUUAUUUUAAGAAUAUUAUUGGUUUGCACUGUACCAGUUUGUGUCUUUGUAAGUAUGGAACACUGAAGAAUGCGCAACUCGAAACUUGUAAAAAUUCCUUAGAGAGAUGGGAACACACAGUGUAAAGUUGCUCUAUGUGGUCUUAUCUGUAUCCUUAACUACCAAGUGUGUUAUUUGAUCACUUUUAUUUUUACAACAUAUAUUUCUACAUGCAUUGAAAAAUGCAUCCUGUAGGUUGUAUUUGUGAAACGUCACCAUGAAGCAUAUUGUAAUGUUUGUCUCAGAUAUGUUUGCUUUAGGUAUAAACGCUUGCCGUUCCCGAUCGUUUUAAAAUGCUCCUUAAGAUUGCUGGACCCGAAUUAUAUGUAGUGCGUCCCUCCUGUGAUUCACGUAUAUCUAAACACUGCUACCUAUGCUGGGUACGACUUUGUGGUGGAGGAGUUGAAAAAGGGGGACGUCGAAAAAGUUUUGACCUCGAGCAGAUAAAUCUCAUCACCCAAAGACUGGAUUUGUUGGAUCGCAGUGAACAUUUCCGUGAAGGGCACCCAUUAGCCUCGCUCUUUCCCAUGAAAUCUUGAAACGCUCAUGUCAAAGAUUUCAAGCGCUUUCUGCUUUACUGUGCAAAUGCAUUGUUUGAAUGCUAACUGUCGUACAGGCGAAAUUUAGUAACUGUAAUAUCACCACAGACUUCAGUUAUUAUAGACACCUAUUAGACACUUAUAGCAAAUAGUUUUUUUAUAUACAAAAGGUAAAAUGGUAAGAUGGGGAACGGUUUUAUAUACACACACACACAGACACGCACACACACAGACAGACACACACGUAAAUAAUUAGUUGAAAAGCAAUAAUGUUUUGCUUCCUCGUUAGAAACACCAAAACUGCCUUCCCCACUGCCUAGAAUCCAACAGGCUAAGACACCGUUAUGGCUCUCAUGCAGGUCCCACAUAUCUGUGUCCUGCAGCCGUAAAACUGAACUCUGACUCUUGGCUGAGAGCUGCAUCAUGAACUGCUGUCAUAAGGAAAACCAAGUAGUGAAGGACACUUGUGGUCCCUGUCUUCCCUUUGCGGUCAGCAACAAUGAGUAGAGAGCCGCAGAGAGCUUUAAAGCAGGGAUUGGCUGGAGCUGGCGUGCUUUUCGUUUGAUUGGACAGGGUCACACUUAGGCCUGCCCAGAGGGUGUGACUUUGCUGUAUUCUGAAAAACACUUAUUCUGGCUGUGUUUUACUGUCACAUUCUCACAUACCACUAACUUGCUGUUCAUUACACUCCACACACUGUAUUAAACGUCUCUCGACAAAUUCAGGUGUCAUACUAAAUGUCAUUUUCGGUGAGUUUUCGUUUGAUUUUGAUGUUUCAGGUUUUUGAAUUUAUUUUUUUUUGCAGGGUACUUAAUUUUUUUAUGUUGUAAUUAUGAGCACAUCCACUAAAAAAUGUAACUUAUUAUGUUUUUAUAUAUCAAAUAAAUGGUUUGUUAGCACCAA